AUGAGACCAGCUGUCCAGAAGAUUCAUCCGGAUACUGAUUUGAAAUUUGCUUGUCUUGACUUGCUUCCAACGCUGUCACGCAACUACGCCAUAUCUGCCUCAGGGACCCGUAGAAAUCUUGGUGGGGCCACUGGGGGCAGGGACGAGGCACUUGGCAGUCCACUCGAUCGCGAUGACGAGCCAGGAAGCGCGAUAAGUGUCAAAGAUACACUUGGUGUUGGUCUUGGGUUUGAGGAAAUAGAAGGCAUAUCGGAUCUUCUGCUCGGAGGAGGAAAAGAAGGGAGGGGAGAGGCAGAGUUGGGGUGCGAAGAAAGGAGGUGGGGCUCAUCCACCUACAAUCCCACCCAACCCCUUGAAGAAUUGGUGAGAAAGGUGGGGGUUAAGAGGAAAAAUGUCUCAUUUGCCCUCAAUGCCACUGAAUUUGUGCAUGUUGGGAUGAUUUAG